AAUCCCUCAGAAUCUAAAAUUCCCCCUUUUACUAUGAUUCGAUCAAAUAAGUUAGCUUUUCAUAACCAUCAAUUUUUUCAAACACAAUUUAGGAUCUUGAAAGGAAAGGGAUCAGUGAUUUGUUGAAGUUGGAGGAGAAAUACCAAAAAUGUCCUCACCAGAUGUUGCAGGAAUGUUAGAUCAAUCAAAGGAGCUUGAUCGUUUAAGGAAAGACCAAGAGGAAAUACUAAUUGAGAUCAACAAGCUUCACAAAAAGCUACAAUCAACUCCUGAGGUGGUUGAGAAGCCUGGUGAUAAUUCACUUUCAAGGCUUAAGAUGCUUUACAUUCAAGCAAAAGAACUUUCAGAAAGUGAAGUGGCUGUUUCGACUCAGUUGUUAGUUCAGUUGGAUGCUCUGAUACCUUCUGGCCCCCCUGGGCAACAAAGAAGAAGGAUGGAAGGCAAUGAACAAAAGAAGAAAAGACUGAAAGCUGAUCCAGAUGUCCCAAGGCUUUCUCCUUCUCUUCGUAAUCACCUUGAACACCUUGCAAGCUUGAAGGGGGAACAAGUGGCUGCUAGGGUCACACAAGAGGAUGCUGACAAGGAUGAGUGGUUUAUCGUUAAAGUAAUUCACUUUGAUAGGGAAACAAGAGAAUUUGAAGUUCUUGAUGAAGAACCAGGUGAUGAUGAAGAACCAGCUGGUCAGAGGAAGUACAAACUUCCUAUGUCACAUAUUAUACCAUUCCCUAAGAGAAACGAUCCAUCCACCGCUCAAGACUUUCCACCUGGCAAACACGUAUUGGCUGUUUACCCUGGAACCACCGCGCUUUACAAAGCAACUGUCGUCAAUACCCGCAAGAGGAAAACAGACGAUUAUGUUUUGGAGUUUGAUGAUGAUGAGGAAGAUGGAUCUUUGCCUCAGAGGCAUGUGCCCUUUCAUAAGGUUGUUACUCUUCCUGAAGGCCAUCGCCAAUGAGAGUGUGAUUAUCAACACAUAAAACUUCUCAUCAUGAACCUACUUUAAGGUUAAAAUUCAACUUUUUUUUUUCUCUUCUUUCUGGUGUGUUUUGUAAUAUAAGUAUUUAUCGGGGGUUAUUUGGAUUUUUUUAGUUGGCAAGUUAGAGUGAAAUAGCGUGUAUGUAAAGUGAGAAACUCAUCAAUCAAUCUAGACAUUACUAGGCCCCAUUUGGUACACAAAAUAUAAUUACUGUGUUUGGCUGGUUGCAUUGGAUUUGAAACUUGAAACACACUUUCUUUAUGUUUUUAUUUUUUAUUUAUCAAAGUAAAAAAAAUGCCUAAGUUUGUAUUA